AUGCGUUUCUUUGGUGUAGCAACGGCCAUUGUUGCAGUUUUCGCGAUUCCUGUGAUAGCUGAAAAUGCGCAACAAAAGCAACAGGAACAAUUAGAAAAGCUGGCCGCCGCUCUCCCCUCUUGUGCGCUCGAGUGCAUGAAGGUUUCACUGCCCCAAAGUUCCUGCACUCUAACGGACCAGAAGUGCCAAUGUACUGACGCCAAAUACACCACAACCCUUGAGCGAUGCGUUGCUACUACCUGCACCAUUCGUCAAUCUCUGACUACAAAAAACGUCACAUCUUCUGCAUGUGGAGCUCCACUUCGAGAUAGAACUACGCUUGUUUCAUACCUUGGCGUCGGUGGUGGUAUCCUAGCACUUGUCGCUUUUAUUCUUCGAAUGAUCGCACGGCUAAGGUGCUGUGGUGGUACUUUUGGCAUGGACGAUUGGACAAUGAUGUUGACGAUGUGUCUCGUUGUUCCUCUAUCUGCACUUUCAGCCGUUUUGGCCGACGCUGGGUUGGGGAAGGAUAUGUGGGCAAUUCCUUUGGACAACAUCACAAGGGUUCUCUAUCUUUACUUCUGGGAUGAACUUAUUUAUCUUUCCAUUCUGCCACUGACCAAGAUCUCGAUCUGCUGCUUCUAUCUUCGCAUUUUCCCCGACCGACGCCUCCGGACAGCAACCUAUAUCGUUAUUGGGUUGAAUAUCAGCUACCUGAUUGCCUUCGUCUUGAUCUCCGUGUUUCAAUGUCGGCCACUACAUGGUGCAUGGCUUCAUUGGGAUGGAGAGGGCAAUUAUCAAUGCAAUCAUAUCAACGCACAAGGCUGGGCUGCCGCGAUAAUCAAUAUGGUGCUGGACAUAUUGGUUAUGAUUCUUCCUCUACGACAACUUUAUAAUCUUAAUCUUUCGACCAAAAAGAAGGCAUACGUGAUGUGCAUGUUCAGUUUGGGUAUCUUUGUGACUCUUGUGAGUAUUCUGCGACUGAACUCACUCAUUCACUUUGCGAACACUACAAACCUCACAUGGGAUUAUGUGAGUGUAGGCUACUGGAGCACGGUUGAGGUUGAUGUGGGUGUAAUCUGUGCCUGUUUGCCUGCAAUUCGCUCUCUGUUACGUCGGGUCUCGCCUGGCUUGUUUGGAGACACGGAACAAGCCAAAUCAUACGGCAUGAACUCUCGUUCUCAAGGCACCGGAUCACGGUUUGAAGGAACAUCUCAUGUCCAGAGCAAGAGUGACGACCGGCAGUUCUACCCCCUUGAUGAGAUCGACACAUCGAGUGAAACCCGGCUACACCAUUAA